CCCACUAUAAAAUCCGCCAAGAAACCCGAAGCUUUCAUUCGUCCACUUGGUCAGGAAGUAUCUCACUGCUCCUGACGUUCUUCCUUUGCGGGCACGCGAGGUUAACGCAGCCGCGAUCCAGGCCCACGGCGUCGUCGCUCCUUUGCCUCGUCGUCGUCUCCGUUCAUUUGGGCUUUCCUCCCCUGUUCCCUGGAGCAACGUCGCAGGGCGAGCGACCGAUUGGUUCUGUGCCAGGGUCGAGAACGAGCUGAGCUUCUUGGAUUUGAUGGGAUUUUCUUGUAUCUAGAAAUUCAGCUUCCAAGACCGACUACUUUGACUCGCGGGGUCGAUUCCUUCCGGAAGCUGAAAGCGCGAGUCUUCCGACUUGAAGAAAUUUCCGAGCUCACCUUCUUGGACUUGUGCAUUAUUUAUUAACCCAAGAAAGAGAAAAGAAAAGGGAUAAGAAGAGGAUGGGUGCUUUAAAAGUCCGGGGCUCGAUGGAGUUGGUUUAGGGAGGAGUAGGUUGUUCUCAUGGCUAUCGAAAUGACAGAAGCUGGAGCAGGCGGUGGUGGUGGUAGAGGAGGAGGGGCAGAGAUGGAGGUCAACGGCCCCGCGGGGGCUGGCGGCGGCGGCGGCGGCGGCGCGGAGAAGAUGAGCCCGGCGGCCCGUCUAUUCCACGCGCCGAGGUUCAACUGCUACAUACUCGCGAUCAUGGGUUGCAAGACGAGGAUCAAUCCGAGCGUGGUCAAAGCAGGGCUCGAGGAGACUCUGCUCAGGCACCCUCGUUUCUCCAGUAAAAUGGUGGGAGAUAUAAAGAGAAGUGGAAAAAUGAAGUGGGUUCAGACGAAGGUGAACUUGGAUGAGCAUGUCAUUGUUCCUGAUGUGGACCCCGACAUGGACUCGCCAGACCGAUUUGUGGAGGACUACAUUUCCUAUCUAACCAAAACACCUCUGGACAUGUCCAGACCGCUGUGGGAGCUUCAUCUCCUGAAUGUGAAGACUUCAGAUGCUGAGGCUGUUGGGAUUUUCCGGAUCCACCAUUCAAUGGGUGACGGCGCGUCGCUAAUGUCUCUGCUCCUGGCUUGUACACGGAAAACGGCUGACCCAGAAGCACUACCUACUAUUCCUGAAAAGAAACGUGCAGGAACAGAUAAUUCAGGCGGGUUUUGGUGGUUUUUCUUGGCCUUGUGGUCAAUGUUCAGGUUGAUUUGGAACACUAUUGUAGAUUUCUUGGUUUUUGUGGCGACUUUUUGUUUCCUGAAAGAUACAGAGAGCCUAGUUAAAGGGGGACCAGGGGUUGCAACAACUACCAAGAGAUUUGUGCACCGGAUGGUCAAUUUGGAUGACAUAAAACUCAUUAAGAGUGCACUGAAUAUGACCAUCAAUGAUGUUGUGCUGGGAGUGACACAAGCUGGACUGUCUCGGUAUCUGAAUCGAAGAUAUGAAGGUGCGAGUGGAAAAGACCAAAAUUCGAAGAAGAAGAAAUCAAACAUUCCAAAAAAUAUGCGCCUUAGGGCUACUGUUCUCAUAAACUUGAGGCCAACUGUGGGAAUCCAGGCUUUGAGUGAUAUGAUGGCCAAAAAGUCAAAGGCCAAGUGGGGAAAUUGGAUUGGAUACAUUCUGAUUCCCUUCAACAUUGGUUCAGAAGAUGACCCAUUAGAGUAUGUUCGCAAAGCUAAAGCAACAAUAGAUCGCAAGAAGCUCUCACUGGAAGCUAUAAUAACAUUCGCAUGUGCAGAACUUGUACUAAAGCUAUUUGGUGUCAAGAUGGCGUCUGUGAUUGCACACAGAAUCCUUUCCAACACUACUCUGGCCUUCUCUAAUGUGGUCGGUCCACUAGAAGAGAUCAGCUUCUAUGGCCAUCCAAUGGCUUACCUCGCUCCGAGUGUUUACGGCCAUCCACAUGCAUUAACAAUACACUUUCAAAGCUAUGUCAACAAGAUGACCAUUGUAGUAGCAGUUGACCCAGACGUCAUUCCCGAUCCUCACCAGCUCUGUGAUGAUCUAGAAGAGUCUUUGAAGACCAUUAAGGCUGCUAUCUCAGAAAAGGAGCUUGCCACUAUUGUUCCAAUAGUAUGAGGACCUUGUUCGAUGAAGAGUAUUCAUUUGGGCUCCUAAUUUUUGGUCAAGAAUUGAUCCUUCAGGUACGAGAGGAGCAAGAAAGAGAAGGUGAAAAAAGGUAGGGAGGAACUGAGUGAAUUCUUUUGAUUCAGCUACAAAUUCUUUCUUUGCCCGAAAGAGCAGCAGGCAGAGGUGAGACGGACAAGGAAAUACAGGAAAUUGGUAUUGCUAGGUCUUGACUGUUGCAAACACUUGCCCAUAUUGUUUUUGUGCGUGUAGCAAUUGUUCUCGCCAUUAAUGGUAGGAAUGCUACACCUUCUUCACUGAAUUUCUCUUAGAAAUGACUUGAUAUUAUGCAAAGCAACCCAUGAUAUGUAAUAUGUAUUCGUUCAUUUUUUUCUCGAUUAAUACUGCUGGUAAAGAUGGAGAUAUUUUCAGCAUGCUAAA